UGUAGUCCUUCACCGGUCCAACGACCUUGUUUGUUAGAAAUCUGCAACUCGACGCGUAACAGCAUGGAUGAAAGUCAUUUCACACGCUCUGGCCAACGGAAACUAAUUGAUCUGCCCCUAAAGCGGCGGCGAAAGAAGAAGCCAUUACAGGACGAUGCUAGCACAAGUGGAUGCACAUCAAAUGUCGCACCUACAGCCGCUCUAUCAUCAAGAAAGAUGCAGGAAGUUAUUGACAGAGAAAAGAGCAAAGCAGAAUUAAAGAUUGCAGAGCUAACUAAAGAGCGUGAUGAAUUACUUGAAAAGUUGUCAUUAGCUAAAAGGAAUGUAGGCCCUGUAAUGACUGACUCCUACACAGAGCCAUCUUCUACAGAUUCAAGCUCCAGCUCCAGCACCUCACGCUCUACCUCUUCAGAUUCAUCUACCUCAACUGAGAAGCAUAAGAAAAACAGAAAAGGAAAGAACAAGAAAGAAAAGAAAAGAAAAGAAAAAUGCAAAAGAAGAGUAAGAAGAGACAUAAAACUGAGAAAAUAUGUCAAAGAGCAAGAGACCCUGAUGAAGUUGUCAGAAGGUAUAGAGCAGUUCUGAAACACUACAAGAAAACCAAAUCAUUUGUGUCUGCAUACAAGGCAGUGGGUGUUGACAGAAACACAAUUGUUUCAAUGGCACCAAUUGCUGAACUAGCCAUCACUGACCCUCCUAAGUUUGAAGAAUUAGCCAGUGAUUUUACACAAAAGGAAAAACUAGCUGAUUUUGCAAAAAGGUGUUCAGUAGCUAUAAGUGAUCCUGAUGUUCAACAGAAAAUUGAGCAAUAUAAAAAUGCCUUGUUGCUUCUUCCUCUGACAAAGAGUCAGUAAACUGCAUACUCUGCAACCAUUAUUGAAGUUAGAGGAGUAGUUCACCUUCAAAAUAAAAAUUCUGUCAUCAUUUACGCAUCCUCAUUUCAA